AACUGCAUCAAGACUAGAACAAAGGCUGGGAUAUUUAUGGGUUCUUGAUUGUUGAAAGCAAACUUGUUGAACACGUGGAGCUCCCUGGAGCAACGCGAGCUCCUUGAGCAUGGCGAGCUUGUCAGUGGAGGCUACAAUGAUUCCGCCACUGCCGACGCCGGGAAUUUGGCAGGCCAAGCGCUGUCCGCGUGUCGACGUGCCUUUCCCGGAACUGCCCUCCGAUGCUGACACGGAGUUGCCAUCAUGGCGCACCGGACUCCACAGCGAUUGGAUGCUUCGAUUGGGGGAGACCGUUUUUCAGAUUCAUAAGGUGCUCACAGGUCAUGGCCCUCGGGCCUCGGCCUUCUUGUGCAGUGCCUUCACAACAGGACAGCAGCUGGCUGGGCAGGCUACUUGUCUCGGCGACGGUGACUCUCCAGGCUUCCGAGUUCACGAGACGGAUCUGUCACACAUCCUACCAGAGCAGGUUUGGCCCUUCUUCAGCCAAGCCUUGGAUUACAUUUAUUCGGAGGAGUUGGUUCUCAAUGAUGAGAAUGCCGUGCCACUUCUGCGGUGUGCAGAUGCAUUGCAGAUCAGAUCGCUUUUCCUUCGGUGUGUCGAGGGCAUCAACGAGAUCCUCACGAUUCCCUCAGCACCGAGGAUUCUCUCCGACAGCGUUUCAUUGCUCGGUGGUCCACUGGCUGACCAGAUCAUCAAAGCGACGUCCGAUGUGAUAGCCGAGCAUUUUGAUGAGUACGAGGUGGAGAGCCUUUUGCGCCUUCCACCUGCUACAUUGUCGCAGAUUCUGCGCCGGGACGACAUUUCCAUCGUGCAUGAAAAUGAGAUCUUCGAUUUCGUGGUGGAAAUGGCCAGCUCCCUCAUCUCCAGUGGGCGAGGUGACGAGGCUCAACAGCUGUGGCAGGCGAUCCGCUUCGGUGCCCUUUCCAACAACUACAUGGUGAGGGCCGCCCAGGUUGAGAUGAUACCGAGGAUGACUUUGAUUUGGUCCAAGGUCCUCAACCGGAAUGGCAAUCACGCAUUGCAGGCCUUGAUGUCCGAGCAAUGCUUGUCAGAAGGGUGGCCCAUUCCUGCGCCUCCAAAUCCACGGAAGCCCUUUAAGGACAUGGUGUGUGCUGUCAUGUAUUCAGUGGACACCGAUGCACGCAAUGACCAAGAUGUAGAGCGCAACAUCACCGCUGCCACCCUGGUGGCGGAAGAGAUCGAAUUCCUGGGUGGCAAAGCCAUUCUGGAGAAUAUCUUCGCCAGGCCAACAUCUGUGCGUGACAGCCCUGACAGUGGAAUUGUCAUGGAACAGGUGGAUGUGGCCUUCGUCUUGGCACCCUGGACGCCCUCGGAGAAGCGCAUCUCGAGGCUCAUCAACUUUGUCGAUCAAGGUGGUGGUGCAGUGCUGCUCUCCUUCAUUGGUGGCCUGAGUAAGGGGGUUUGGCGAGAUUUGGAGUAUGAGCCACUGAUCACCGGCAAAGUUGGGGAUGAGACACCCUAUGAGGACGUGUAUUUAUCGAGUCCAACCUUCGCAUCCUUGGACGUGGGCACGAAGCGCAGCCAGGAUACAUUGAGCCGUCCUCGAAUCCUUUGCGGAGUUGACUCCAUCAAUGGGCGCCGGCGCAUCAAAUCUACACUGGUGGAGGGCGCGAAGGUGCUGGCCAAGUGGAGUGACGGACAGCCAUUGGUUGUUCAACAUCCUGAGAAGAAUGUCUUCUCGAUCUCACAGAGGGUCAGUCGCAUCUUCGAGCUUGAUGAUGAUCUUGGUCACGAUGACACUCUUCAACUUGUUUUGAACGUUAUGGUGCAGGCCGGAAAAGAAGCAAAGCGAUUGCGCGGCCUCCGGCGUGUGGCAGGUGCACGACAAGGAGGCCACAGUGAUGCAACCCUCACGGGUGGUGUGAACGUGUCCUUGUGAGUCGCCCGCCCAAAAAGCACCGCACCGAGACGCACCGAGUGAGUCGCCCCCUGCGAUGGGUGCCGCCAUGCUGCACAGCUGGCCCUGCGCUGCGCAGCCCUGUGCCUCAGGUGUCACUGUGAGCCUCAGAGCUGAGGCUGAAGUGGCGAAACCUGAAGUAGUGGCAUUGCAGAAAGCAGUAAACAGAGCACCCCUGUCCGUGGGCAAAGACUGCAAAGACCAAGCUCUUUGAUUCCAGAUGUCCUUUGUUUCUUGCUGAUGUGUCUGUGCCCACAAAAGAUGCUCGAGAGUUGAGCUUGUUCCAGAAUUUUCAUUGGACACAGAGUCCAAAGAUCUGCAAAGCAAAUGAAAUGUGCAAAAGGCGGGGUAAAAAUUGCCAGCCACAACAUGCCACAAUGCCACGGCUACUGAAGUAGCCUGAGUCUUUUUCUCUCAGAGAGUCUGUGCUGGGCAAGGAUGUCCCAGCUGUUUCGGCAGAGUCCAGAAUGUAGAGAGAAGCGCAAUACAGGAAGUUGGCAAGCAAAGCAUUGAAAUUGAUCCAAAAAAGAGCUGCCAUGCGUUGCUUCGCGCCUUUGGUCUGGG